GCUGCGUGUGCCUACCUCUCGCUCGGUACCUACGCACCUCUGCUGUCGGACGCAGCUCCUUGGUCCUUCGCCACACCAGCAUCAGCGCAAACACCACGCCCGCACUCUGGCGGAACGCGCAUCAUUGAACACAAUCCAGCCUGCAGUGAGCGCACUCUCUUCCACUGCACAACCUACACGGCUCAGACUGCACUUCAGGCUUUCAGGCCUCCAUCAAUCGCAGUCACAGUCGCAGCAGCAGCCCGAGACCAGAGCAGACCGAAGCUUCAUUUGCCACCGCGACGAAUUCCUCGCCUGUGAGCACAAUACAUUUGUUGCACUUACUCUCCGCGGCCACCAGGAUACUCAUCGCCGCCACAAUGCAUCCCGGACAUGACCAGCCUGGCUAUGGCGACGCUGCCUUUGAGCCGCAAGCCGACUUCGCCUUUGACGACGCCGGCAACGAUGAGUACGAGAACAUGCAGCGCAACAUUGCCUCGUUGAACAUGUUCAAUACCACCCACGGCGCGCAGCCGGACUUUGGAACAAUCCACAAUCCAGGCGGUAAUGCAUCUCAUCACUUGCACUCAGAACCUCUAGACAAUUCCGUCUUCUUUGGACAAAAUACAGCCAUCUCGCCAGCAUCGACGUCAUGGAGCAAAGUCAAGUCCCCGCGGACUUUUCACUCACAGUCCAUGCAGUCGGAGAUCCUAGAGGGGCGACCUUCCAGCGUGUCGCAACAGUUCGGCCAGAUCACCCCGCCAGACGACACACCGCCCAAAGACUUCCCCGCAGCAUCGAACGGCGAACCAGUUCUGAGUGCAAAAUCUGAGCGCGCACGUAACGCUGCGAAUCAGCGACACGCGAAAGCGAAGAGAGCGAAGAAGGAGGGCGCCAAAGGUAGCAAGGCGCAAAGCGCGAACGAGGACGAGGAUGACGGCGAGGGCGAGGUGGACGGGAAGCGCGAAAAGUAUCGAGAAAAGAAUCGGUUGGCGGCGGCGAAAUGUCGUGCGAAGAAGAAGACGCAUACCGAGGACCUAGAAGAGUCAGCUAGACACAUCACAGCAACCAACAACAGGUUAAGGGCGGAGGAGCGGGAGCUGCGCGACUUGUUCUCCAGCUUGCGACAUCAAGCUCUCGCGCACGACCCCACCCAAGGCUGCAAGUGUUCGGCCAUACACAUGUACAACCACAACAAAGCGCAAGAGGCCGCCCGAACGGCAGCAAUGGGCUUAGCUGGCAUCGGCAUGGGCAUCCCAGGGCCUGGCAUCCCUUCGCCAUCGAUAGGCAGCGACGGGUCGGCAAUGAAUUCUCCUCGCUUUGCUUCGCAGCCAGCCUCGAGAGCGCAGUCGUUUUCAACAGGCUUUGGCGGUCGUGCCUCGUCGAUGAGCGGGCAGCUGGGAUUUUUGCCACCGCGCACCGCCUCCGACAUGCGCAAGCAGUCGUAUGUGGCGAAUGGUAUCGCAUCUCCUACGGGUUCCGGGGGUGAUCCAAAUGACUACCAGUGCGAGCUUCGAGGCGACAGCAUGGAUCUGAGGUGAGGCAUCGAGGGAUGGCGGUAUUCCGAACCAGCGAUGUUCCUGAGAUGGAUCCAGCACAAAAGUACCAGGGCAGCGCGGUGAUAUCCGUCGCAUGAGUUAAUGAGUAUACGAGCCAUGUCUGUAACUACCGGUUUCCUUGGGCUCGGGUGGAAGUUUUCCUUUGCUUAGGCGUUGUGUAGAGCAGACGGCGGGUCGCAGCGUGAUCCCAGAAUAACAAUAUCGCCAGAAUAGGACUUGUAGCGUCCUCAGUUCCCCAAAAGCAAUCGUUGUCUCGUCCAAAAGUAGUCCAGAGGGAGGAAAUCUCAAGGCUGGAAGGCGUUGAGAGUGAAUGGGAAUACCACCCAUAGAUGCCAUCAUUAUGAACCUGACAUCUUUCCCAACCCAUGUCGGAAUCGGAGAAUCCGGAAAGGCGACGUAAGAGGACCAGUGAGAGCACGAGAGAGUGUGAUUUUGCCGGAGGCGGGCAUCUUUGGGCCUGCGGGGUGUUUUUUGUGCAGGAUAGCGAAUCAC